AGGCCGACUCUCCUUUCUUCCCCUUCCCUCUGCACUCCAGCCGUCCAGCGCAGCCAUUUCAUCUCACGCCACCACCGCCUCGCCUCCUCACGCGCCGGCUGAUCCGCCGCUCCCCCUCUCUCGACGCCGCCCUCCUCAGCCACCGGUGGUCAUGGAGCGCGUCGGCGGUGAGGCGGGGGCCCCCACGGCAGCGGAGGCAGCAGCGGCAGCAGGAGGAGCAGGCGUGGUGAAGGGGAGGUCGUGCAAGGGCUGCCUCUUCUACUCGUCGGUGCUUAGGUCGCGAGCCCGCGGCCCUGUCUGCGUCGGCGUCACCCGCUCCAUCCCACAAGUUCCCGAGCGUAUGGUUGGAGAAAUUGAACUGGAAGCUAUCCAAGAAGGUCGCAACCUUUCGGACUUCAAAUAUGCAUGUGUUGGCUAUUCAAUAUACCUAGAUGACAAGGAAAAUUCUAUGGGGAAACAAGAGAAGCAGAAGCAGGUGCAGGCGCAGCUACCUAUUUGUGUUGGAGUCGAGCUAUUGGCAGAUAGAAGAGUCCCAACUAAGCAAGCCCCACCUUACCUUAAGAAAGAAGGUGAGGAAAAAAAAAAUUCUUCUAUUAUAGGACUGCUCCUCAACCAUGUCGAUCCAAACCAGGGCAUGCAGGAGACGAUUUCUUAACAAAAUUUCAGAGGAAUUCCGGGCUUGUGGCCAAUGGUGUGGCUAGGAACCUGAAUAAAGUUGGGACCUACAUCAAAGACACUGUGGGUGAUAUGAUGUACCCUUACCGCAAGCGUCCCAAAUAAAACAUAGGCCUGGCUCUCCUAAAAUCCUGGAGGGCAGUAGGCAUUAUAUAACUGGGGGAGUGUUCGAGCAAUCACUCCACAAACACCUGGCAUAGAAGUAAUCUUCUAUUUGUUUUGGAGGCUCUAGAAAAUUGCGAUGAGGUUUCAAUGUUAUGGGAAUAGCCCCUUGGGACAUGUUACUGUAUUUCACUCACUGUUCGGGCUUUGGUAUCAUGUUUUUUCCUAGUCCCACUGCCUCGCCCCAUUGGAAAGUGGUCGUUGUUUCGCUGGGUUCCUCCAGUAAUGUACAGGAUGUCAUGUAAUAAAACAUUAAACAGACCCGUUUUUUGCCCAGUUGUGGCUAUGCUUUUGAGAAUAAUAUCAGGGCACUGUUAGUCCUAGCAA